AUGCGCGUAGGUAUCCUAUACCGGAUAAAGCCAGACCGCGUCAAUUAUCUGAAUAUAUCCCGGAUAGAGGCAGAUAGCGUCAAUUAUCCCUGAAUAUACCCGGAUAAAGCCAAAUAAGUCAAUUAUCUGAAUAUAUCCAGAUAAAGCCAGAUGCGUCAAUUAUCAGAAUAUAUCGAUAAAACCCGAAUAAUGUCAAUUAUCACAGAUAUAUCGGAUAAAGCCAGAUAACGUCAAUUAUCACAAUUAUACGGAUAAGCCGAAUAGGUAAUUGUCCUGAAUAUAUCAGAUAAAACCAGGCCGCGUGAAUUAUCUGAAUAUAUCUGAGACCUGAAUAACGUCAAAAUACCCCAACUCUGAAUUGUCCUGAAUAUACCCGGAUAAAGCGAGAUAACGUCAAUUAUCCUGAAUAUAUCCAGAUAAAGCCAGAUAACGUCAAUUAUCCUGAAUAUACCCGGAUAAAGCCAGAUAACGUCAAUUAUCCUGAAUAUAUCCAGAUAAAGCCGGAUAACGUCAAUUAUCCUGAAUAUAUCCAGAUAAAGCCAGAUAACGUGAAUUAUCCUGAAUAUAUCUGGAUAAAGCCAGAUAACGUCAAAAUACCCCAUCUCUGAAUUGUCCUGAAUAUACCGGAUAAAGCCAGAUAACGUCAAUUAUCCUGAAUAUACCCGGAUAAAGCCAGAUAACGUCAAUUAUCCUGAAUAUACCCGGAUAAAGCCAGAUAACGUCAAUUAUCCUGAAUAUAUCCAGAUAAAGCCAGAUAACGUCAAUUAUCCUGAAUAUACCCGGAUAAAGCCAGAUAACGUCAAUUAUCCUGAAUAUAUCCGGAUAGAGCCAGAUAACGUCAAUUAUCCUGAAUAUACCUGGAUAAAGCCAGAUAACAUCAAUUAUCCUGAAUAUAUCCGGAUAAAGCCAGAUAACGUCAAUUAUCCUGAAUAUACCCGGAUAAAGCCAGAUAACGUCAAUUGUCCUGAAUAUAUCCAGAUAAAGCCAGAUAACGUGAAUUAUCCUGAAUAUAUCUGGAUAAAGCCAGAUAACGUCAAAAUACCCCAUCUCUGAAUUGUCCUGAAUAUACCGGAUAAAGCCAGAUAACGUCAAUUAUCCUGAAUAUAUCCAGAUAAAGCCAGAUAACGUCAAUUAUCCUGAAUAUAUCCAGAUAAAGCCAGAUAACGUCACUUAUCCUGAAUAUAUCCAAAUAAAGCCAGAUAACAUCAAAAUACCCCAUCUCUGAAUUGUCCUGAAUAUACCGGAUAAAGCCAGAUAACGUGAAUUGUCCUGAAUAUAUCCGGAUAGAGCUAGAUUUGUCAUUUAUACUGAAUAUAUCCAAAUAAAGCCAGAUAACGUCAAUUAUCCUGAAUAUAUCCGGAUAAAGCCAGAUAACGUCAAUUAUCCAGAAUAUAUCCGGAUAAAGCCAGAUAAUGUCAAUUAUCCUGAAUAUACCCGGAUAAAGCCAGAUAACGUCAAUUAUCCUGAAUAUAUCCGGAUAAAGCCAGAUAACGUGAAUUAUCCUGAAUAUAUCCGGAUAGAGCCAGAUAACGUCAAUUGUCCUGAAUAUAUCCAGAUAAAGCCAGAUAACGUGAAUUAUCCUGAAUAUAUCUGGAUAGAGCCAGAUAACGUCAAUUGUCCUGAAUAUAUCCAGAUAAAGCCAGAUAACGUGAAUUAUCCUGAAUAUAUCUGGAUAAAGCCAGAUAACGUCAAAAUACCCCAUCUCUGAAUUGUCCUGAAUAUACCGGAUAAAGCCAGAUAACGUCAAGUAUCCUGAAUAUAUCCAGAUAAAGCCAGAUAACGUGAAUUGUCCUGAAUAUAUCCAGAUAAAGCCAGAUAACGUCAAUUAUCCUGAAUAUAUCCAGAUAAAGCCAGAUAACGUCAAUUAUCCUGAAUAUAUCCAGAUAAAGCCAGAUAACGUCAAUUAUCCAGAAUAUAUCCAGAUAAAGCCAGAUAACGUGAAUUAUCCUGAAUAAAUCCGGAUAAAGCCAGAUAUUUUCAAUUAUCCUGAAUAUAUCCAGAUAAAGCCAGGUAACGUCAAUUAUCCUGAAUAUAUCUGGAUAAAGCCAGAUAACGUCAAUUAUCCGGAAUAUAUCCAGAGAAAGCCAGAUAACGUCAAUUAUCCAGAAUAUAUCCGGAUAAAGCCAGAUAAAGUCAAUUAUCCUGAAUAUAUCCAGAUAAAGCCAGAUAACGUCAAUUAUCCUGAAUAUAUCCGGAUAGAGCCAGGUAACAGGAAUUGUCCUGAUAUAUCCGGAUAAAGCUUAAAAACAUGAAUUAUCCUGAAUAAAUCCAGAUAAAGCCAGAUAAUGUGAAUUAUUCUGAAUAUAUCCUUGCCAUCCUUUCAUACGCACUAAUAUUAUCCAUUUUGGAGCAUACACUCUCUAGAGGGGGAAUGAGUUUGCUUUUCCAGUUGCCGGCCAGGGCUGUUUUGGCUGCUGUGAGGAUGUUUAUGAUCACCUUUCUGUGAGGGUGUAUGUAUAGAUCAGAGAUGAUGUGAAGGAGGUAUUUUUCUGCGUGGAGGGGGAUAGCAAGCUGCGUCUUGUGAGAUAUCAUGGACUGGACCUGACCCCAGAACCCCCAAGCUUGGACAACUCCAGAACAUAUGUAACAUAGUUCCAGUUUCUUUUUUGCAUCUCCAGUACAGCUUUGUUGGGCCUGUGUACAUGCGCGUCAGUUUGUGUGGCACCAGGUACCGUCUCAUUAAAAUUUUGCAAUAUGCCUCCCACAGCGAGAGACUCCGCGAGGCCUGUUUUGUGCUUGUCAUUGCUGUCUGCCACUCCGUGAGAGGGAACUGACAUUCCAUUUCUUCCUCCCAUUGUGUCAUGUAUUUCAGUUCACCUGUGGCUAUGUUUGUUAUUAUCGCAUUAUAGCACAGGGAGAGGGGUUUGGUAGUUUUGUUGAGUAUAAAGUGGCUGGGUGUGAGGGCUGCUGUGUCAUUAUUAGUGUUAGGUGGGAUAUCUUUCAUACAGGUUUGUAUGAUAUUCUUGACCCUUAGAUAAAGAUAAAUAUCUCUGGGCACCAGGUGCAGCUCUUUUUGAAGGACAUGGAAUGGUUUUAUCUGAUUCAGUAAGUCGCAAAUCUGUCUCACUCCCCUCACCUGCCACCUCCCCAACUGCAGUCCUGGAGAGUAUGCUUCAAGUGUUGCUAUUGGUGCUGCUUUAA